AACGUUUUUGGCAUUGAUUGUUCAUCAAAUAAUUGACCAUGGAACUUGAUAUUCUAUUGACAUCUUCGAAGGAGUCUAGGCGUGAUAUUCUCUGUCCAGGAGAAAACUUAAAAGGAAAUGCUAUUAUAAGAUUUGCGGAAAGAACUCCUCUGAAGCACAUAAUUCUGCAAUUAAGAGGUUAUGAAAACUUGAAAUCUUUUUGUGAUAUUCCAAAAGAAGAACUUGAAAAGGAAAAUCAUUACAAAGACAAAAGUUGUCAUUCGCAAUUCUCGAAGCAGCUCAUCCAACAGCAUGUCCAGUCUACUUCUUUUUGUAUUUUACAGAAUGAGUUGAUAUUGUGGGAUAUAAAGGAUUACGUAAAGCAAAGAGAGUCCAAGAGAAAGACCGAUAACAAUAUCGUUCGAAGACGCGCACAAGUUGAUGAGGAAAUCAAUCAAGUGCAAGGAGUACUGUUGCUUCCAUUUGAGUUUCAAAUUCCUAAUGGAUUACCUCCUACAGUACGUGCUGAUGGAGGUGAUAUUUGUAUAGAAUACGACCUUUGUUUGAGAGUGGAACUUAAUGACUCUUCAAAGUCGGAUGGUGAAAAGAAUGCUAUAAGAGAAAAGAGUUACAAGCUACUUGUAGCUAAUGAUGGCCAAAUCCUUUACAAGAAUAGUGUAUUUAUCAAGCCAUACUAUCAAAAGGCUAGCUUGAUUCCAAAGACGAAAAAGAAGUGGUUUUCUAAAAAUAUAGCACAAGAAGUAAUACUUAAAGCGGGAAUCCCGACAGUACUGUACGAAGAAACACUCGGCACUUUAAUACCAGUAACUCUUGCAUUGGUAAAUAAGAGCAUGAAGAAGGUUUCUAGUCUCAUUCUCAGACAAAUUCAACGAAGGAAAAUCGUAUGUGAGAAUGGUCACAGUAUUGAAACUAUCGCAAAUGGUCCUGCAUUAUACGUAAACCUCAACUGCAUUGCUUUGCGUAAAAACAAUACCAUGUUGGGACCGAUACAGUCAAUGCUGCCACUUGCUGUUUCUCUUGGACCAACUGUAGAAGGUAGAUCCAUUCAAUUCACCAAUUUUGUUCAGAUCGAAGUGAUUCUUGACGACAAAAGAAGUAAAAUAGAGCUCGAACUUCCUGUAAUCAUAAUUCGAGGAAAGAACUCUCCAUUCUUACAGCGAGUAUAGAAUGAAAUACUUUCAAGGCCA